UAUAGUCGGUGGUCCCGUUCCUUCCCGCCGCUCCCCAGCCCUCGCGGCGAUCUCUCCUCUCUGGCGCUUUAUUCGCGUCACGUCGCGUCGCGCCGCGUCGCGUAUGGGUAGUUAGACCCCACGCGAGACUCUCAGACAGCCAGCACUUCCGCCUCGCCUUCGCCUUCGCCUUCGCAUUCGCCCGCCGUGACUUUCGAAGAUCUCCGCCUGUCCUUCCUCCCCCCGCCCGCCGUGUCUUCAGAAGAUCCGCCGUGCCUUUCCCCCGCGCCCGACCGCUCACCGCGUCUCACCUCUGAGCUUGAAGCGGUCGUCAGAAACACCCUGUCGUCAGACAUACUCGGCAUAGCAUCAUCAGUUUCGAAGUUAGGCUCAAGAAAAGCAAAGACAUGACCCCCCCCGCGCGCCCGUCCGUUCGCCUCGUCUCGUUUCUCAGCGUUUGAUCCCUCCGACUCGCGUCAGGGUGUGCCACUCUCGAUUACCGCAACUUCGCUCCCGCCACACCCGCUACUGUCACAUUGCUGCCCAUCCUUUCCGCUCAAUUACGUCACAAUGGCGGCGACUAUGGCGAAUCGGCACUCGUCCUCUCGUAGCGCGUCGUCCCCACUCCUCCUCCUCGCCCUCCUCGCCGCGACUACCGCCCUCCAUGCCCCCCCGACUCUCGCGCAAUCCCCGCCGUCGCCAAUCCCGUCUGUAACCACUACCCCCGCCGCCGCCGCCCCUUCCGCUCCGCUCAUCCCCCCCGCUUCCGCUCCCCCCGCCUCCUCUUCCCCUGCCCCCUCUUCCCCCGCCUCCGGUCCGCCCGCCGCCGCCGGCGCAUGCCCCUUGACGGGCAAGCUUCCGCAAAAGCCCGCGGUGGUGACGUACCGGUGCCCCGCCGCUGCUGAGCUGUCGUGCUGUGAUUCGUGCGUGGAUCUUAAGUUGGGACUUAUGCUUGUCGCGUCGACUCUGGGCGAUCUUGUGACGGCUAUCGACCCCGGUCUGGUGGAGUUGGUUAAUGCGAGUAUGAAGACGUGCGAUAUGCUUGCGGGGCAGGUCACAUGCGCCCAAGCAUUGGAGGACCUCAUCUGCGCUUCGCAGUGCAACCCCGGCGCGUGGAGAUACAUCAAGACCGUCGGUGCCGGCGCUGCUGCCGCCCCCACCAUGACUGUGUGCCCUGCCUUCGCCACUACAGUGUUCAAGAGCUGCCGGAGAUUGUCAUGUAGGCAACUCACACAUGGGUGAGAUCACAAUGCCUGCUCUGCAUUGUGCCCAGUGCAACCCACCAUGACUGUGUGCCCUGCCUUCGCCCAUAAAGUGUUCAACAGCUGCCAGCGAUUGUUAGGCACGUCAGAUGUAUGGUUAUGUUGAAAGGUCCUCUCUUCUCUCCGCGUCUGUGCAUCCAUCUUUCCUCUCUCCCCCCUCUCACCCUUCCAGUGGGCGACGGCUUGAGCCUGACGGCCAUCAUUCCAGAGUCCAGGCGCUGCUGGUGUUGUUGGUGAAAGGACGUCCCUUGAUCUAUCUUGUUUGUUGCGCCUGCCUCUCCAGUGGGCGAAGGCUUGGACCUGACAACCAUCAUUCCAGAUGCUGCUGAUGUUGUUGGUGAAAGGACUGCCCUUGAUGUAUCUUUUAUGUUGCGUCUGUGCGUCUGUCCUUCCUCUCUCUCCCCCGCCUCUCGCCUCUCCAGUGGGCGAAGGCUUGGGCCUGACAGCCAUCACUCCAGAAGCGGCCAGUUUUAUUAACGGACUUUCCUUGAUGUAUUUUGAGUCGACUCAAAAUACACCUUGAUGUAUCUUUUAUUCUUCUGUGCGUCCGUCUUUCUGCUCUCCCCCGCCUGCCUCUCCAGUGGGCGAAGGCUUGGACCUGACGGCCGUCAUUCCAGCGUCCAGACGCUGCUUCUGUUGUGAAAGGUCCUUCCUUGAUGUAUCACUUGUGUUGCGUCUGUGCGUCCGUCUCUUGGUGUAUCUUCUAUGUUGUGUCUGUGCAUCCAUCUUUCCUCUCUCCCCCCUCUCACCUCGCCAGUGGGCGAAGGCUUGGACCUGACAGCCAUCAUUCCAGAUGCUGCCGCUUUCAUCUCCAAGGUGGUGGGCAGCAUUGUGAAGGUGCUGGGAGUGAAGAAUUUCAAGGCUAAAAUCGGCAAGGCCGACUGUUUCAAAGGCACCCCCGUGACCGCACCCUACAUCGCCUGCUGCGACCCGCUCAUCGUGCCCCCCAUCUGCCCUGCCGGUGCAAUCGACACUGUUAAAUUCCGCACCAUCAUCAACCGAACAGUUGACCCUGUGGCUUGCCAGACCGGACCUUUUGGCCCGCCGGCCCCACCCCCCGCCCCUGUCCCAGCACUGUCCCUUGCGCCUGCUCCCGCUCCCCCGCCUGACUUUUCACCUGAACCCGCCCCUGCCCCUGCUCCUGCUCCCGCUGUUGACCUCUCCCCCUUGCCUCCUGUCCUUCUUGCUCCCCCUGUCCCCCCUGCUCCCCCCGCUCCCCCUAAUCCCCCUCCUUUCACUAUCCCCCCUGGCACUCCUUAUGCCGCUGCCGCUCCCUUACCCUCCCUCCUAAACUCCCCUCCCUCUCCUCCCUCUCCUCCCUCUCCUCCCUCUCCUCCUGCUCCUCCCGUUCCUCCCACUCCCUCCGCUCCUACUGUAGGUACCCAGGUUCCCCCCCCGCCGCCUGAAAGCAAGCCUGCCUUCCCCCCUGCAUCUGCUUACCCCAUAUCUCUUCUCUCCUACCCACUCUAUGCUGCUAUGGCCCUGCUGCUCGCACCUGGGCUGCUGCUAUAGCCAGCCCUCACCCUCUCUGGUCUGCUCUCUGCCAUCCUCCUGAAAGCAAGCCUGCCUCCCCUCCGGCAUCUACUUAACCCCUAUCUCUUCUCUCCUACCCACACUAUGCAGCUAUCGACCUGCUGCUGGCACCUGCUCUGCUGCUCUGGCACCUGCUCUGCUGCUCUUGCACCUGCUCUGCUGCUCUGGCACCUGCUCUUCUGCUCUGACCCCCUCUGCUCUGCUGAUCCAACCACCUCCGUCAACUCAGCUCUGCUCGCUCCCACUCCCUCUGCAAGGCGCACGUUAUCAGGGCAAUUACCUUGACUUUACUGAUAAUCCAAGGUAUUCUCAGAAGUAUCCUGUGUUUUCCAGGGCUCUUUGUAGGCCAGCCCUGACAAUAUCAGGGAGAUUUUUCUACUGACCGUCCUACUCUGGGAUGGUUUCGAGGGGACCCACCAGAUAUCCGGGUAGUCACCAGGGGGUGUAGGAUCAAUGGCCACACCACAUGGCAUUAUUUCUCUAAAUGUAGCUGUCAUAUCAAUGGCGACUUGACGAUAGCUUCCAAUCCAAUGUAGCAAACGAUAAUUCCUGCCACUCACCACCCUGCCGCCAAGUGGUCUUAUGAGUGCAUAGUGUUAGAGCGUGUUCCUACCAGCCACUUCCUAGGCAACCUUUGUC